GCAUGUACACAAGUAAAGCAGAAUAUUGAAAAUGAUGGUCAGUUUAGUUUUACAAUGUGUCAUAAGAUUUGGUGACUGUCUUAUUCAGUUGAGCAUAUUAAUUGGUUGGAGAUAAGGUGCAUGGUACAACUAUAUAACAAAGAACAGCAAAUUCUGAAGCUUAUCCUUUCUCUUCCUUAAGCCCCCAACAAACAAACACGGAAGGAAUUUCUGCCACAUCCCUGCAGCCUACACUAAAUGAGUCACUGACAGAUUCCAAUGUUCACAGAGAGAAACUCAUGGACAAACCCUCAUGUAUUCAGGACAUAAGUCCAGUUGGUCCACAAGCUGGCACUGCUGUCCGAGGCAGAAAGCCCAAGAGAAAACUUCCAGAACCUCAUCAGAAAAGGUUUGAUCAAGAAAAAGACAAUAUUCCAUUACGACCACUCAGAAGGAAGGAUAGUUUAACCCCAGACCGCAAACAUAAAACUGAUGUUGUAUCGGUCAAACUCCUCCCUGAGGUUGUUCCAAUCCAGUCUGUACGGAAAGAUGCUACAGGUGAGAUACAACCUGCCACUGACCCAAUUUGCCGGAUAAAGAAAAGAGCCAGUAGUGUUCCUGGUGCACCUCAGAAUGGACUUGCCCAAGAAAGUGUUGGUGCUCUAGGAGAAGCAGAAUCUGUUCAAAUAUCCAUGGAUGUUGUUGCGCCUCCUCGUGUGAAAAGAAGAGAUGGUAGUUUGCCACCUGAAACUCCACAGAAAACUGCCCCUUUCAAGCCUCUGAGGAGAAAAGAGAGUGUCACCAGAGAGACAUCUGUUCUAAAACCUAAUGAACAACAGGAUUUGAAAGCCCAAGUCAGUUCUGCUUUAAAAAAUCUGGAUCAUUCUCCACCUAAACCAUGUGUCAGAAGCUCUGGUGUCUCAGGUGCUCUUGAACCUUUACAGAGCAUUGAUAAACCCGGUCAAACAGCCACUGAAAUGAUCCCUUUACAACCAGUAGGAAGAAAAGACCAAACAAUCAAACAACACUCUCAAGAAACAGAUUUUGCGGGGAGUGCUUCUCUACAGACAAACACAGAACUGGUCUGCUCAAAGCACACAAGGCAAACCUCUCGUACUUCUGAAUGGCAUAACAAAGACAUUAACACAUCUGUGGAAGCCUCUUCUCACGUAAUUUGUCCCUCAGAAACAAAGGGAAUCGAGAGCAUCACUCCAAAGCCUAAACCAGAGAUAUUUAAUUUUGAUCAAACUGCUUCUCUCUCAAUCAUUAAGAAGAUACGUCUUCCACAACGUGGCAAGAAAUUGCCCUCAAGCAAAUCUGGCAAAAUUGACUGUGACAAGGAGUCUGUAAAACCAGUCCAGAUAGAAAAAACUGUUAAGGAAGAAAUAAAGCAAUCAAAUAUUGCUGGUGACACAUCUGUUGGUACGAUUGACAUCACCUCUUCUCAGAAAAUCGAAGAUGCAUCAGAGAUAGCAGAAGCAGAGAAGGACAAUCAAACAAGUCUUCUAAUGCCAAGGCCGCGUGUGAGAAAACGUCUCAGUGGCUCCUUCCCAGAUGACAUUACAGCCAUGGCAAGCACAUCCAAGGCUUCCUAUGGAGAAGAGGCACAAGCAACAAAACAAGAUGGUCCUUCAUCCAUUUCCUCAACAACUAAAGAAUUGUCAAAAGUGCAAGACAGCAAAAGCUUUCCCCCUCUUCCUUUGGGUUGUCCACCUUCUUCAUCCACAGAUGAAGUGACUCCUGUGAAGUUGAGGAAAAGUAAAUUUACCAUUGAGGGCAGAGUUCAAGUAGAGGAUAUUUCAGAGAAGACACCAGGUGCUUUCAGCUUACCUGUACCAAAACCAAGAGUAAAGAAGCGUCUCAGUGGUUCAUUCCCAGAUGCCACCACAAUUUCUGACUCGUCGCCCCCCUGCUUGCCAGACACAGUAACUGACACCACUGGCAAUGAAUCAGUCCAACAGAAUGAACAGUCAAGCUUGCCUGUUCCAUUGCCGCGGGCCAAGAAACGUCUCAGUGCGACUUAUUCAGACAGCACACCACUUGCAGACAAUUUAUUCCAUCUAGAAAUGGAAUUGUCUCAGAGAAACCUUGAGCAUACAUUACCCGCUAGCAAGGAAACCAAGGAAGGUUCAACAUCGAAGGAUUCAAGUGUGAUCUCUGAAGGAGGUUUCGUCACAAUCCAAGGAGAAGACAACGGUGCGUCAGAGUUGGAACGGGAAGUUCUAGAAGCAAUGGGGGAGGCGGAAUUUCCUCAGGUAGAUGCUGUAGAAGAUACUGAUAAGGGACUGGAUGAACUCAUUGAGGGCUGGACCUUUACAGAAAAACCUGUUGUCACAGAUGACUCAGAGAAGACUGCAGAGUGUGUGUCUGAGCAGGCUGACAUUGAAAAAGUCCUGGGAGAAGAGGUUGAUAGGUCCCUUGCUUCCGCUGUUGCAUCUUCUCAGGAUGACUGGCUACAUGUAGAGGAUGAUAAAGACAGUGAACCAAUGGAAAUAAACUCAGGGAACGAAAUGAGGGACGAAGAGUUGGACUUUGGCUUUGUGUCUGUAGAUGUAGAUGCUGGUUGUUUGGAGGAAGAAAGGCAAGGGGGGAAGUCACAGGUUGCUUGCCUCAACCAAGCCAAAGAACCAACAACUCCUAAGAAUAAACUUGCAGAUGGGGCUUCCUCUCCAGAAGGCUUUUCACCCACCCCCAGCUUAGUGACAUCAAGUCAGUCUCUACUGGACUGGUGUCAGGAAGUCACACACAGUCACAAGGGAGUGAAGAUCACCAACUUCAGCACCUCUUGGAGGAACGGCCUUGCCUUUUGUGCUAUUUUACAUCACUUCCAACCAGAAAAGAUUAAUUAUGAAAUGCUGGACCCGUAUGACAUCAAGAGCAACAACAAGAAGGCCUUUGACGGAUUUGCUGGACUUGGCAUUUCCAGGCUAAUGGAGCCUUCAGACAUGGUCAUGCUAGCAGUGCCUGACCGCCUCAUUGUCAUGACAUACCUCAACCAGAUCCGCACCCAUUUCACAGGCCAGCAGCUCAGUGUGCUUCACAUAGCGAGGGAUAGCAGUGAGUCCAGCUAUGCAGUGGCAGGGGACCGGGAUAGCCAAGAGGACCCAGAGGCGACUGCUCGCUACUGCGCCCAGAGGCUGCAGGAGGAGGGUAUAAGUCUAGACACCAACAGGACUGCAGGCACCGCAGAGUCGGCGGACAGUAAAACCAGGGACGUCGUACCACCUCCCAGAACCAAACGGAUGCAGGUUGCUGGGGCUCAGCCACCAGUCGCACCGCCAAGAACUCAUUUCCUGUCCAAGACUGGUUUCUCUCAUGUCAAAGACGCAGAUCUUGUCAAGAAGCGUAGGUCACAGCGGAGGAGUGGGUCAUUAGAAGAAGGAGAGAUAUCGGUGGUUGUUGCUAGCCAAGACGACAGUGCGAUUACUCGGAGGAAGUCUGACACUGAGAGAACAGAGGCUGAGGCCGAGGAGGGAAGACCAGAGGGCCAGGACCCCAGCCAGUAUGUGCUGAGUCAGAUAGAAGCCCUGGAAGCAGAACAAAGUCAUAUUGAUAACAGAGCAGGGGUGGUUGAGAGGAAACUCAGACAACUACUAGAAACAGGCAGUGACAAGGUGGAGGAGGAGAGGUUGAUUCAGGAAUGGUUCAUGCUGGUCAACAAGAAGAAUGCUUUGAUCAGGAGGCAGGAUCAUCUGCAGCUUCUGCUGGAGGAACAAGACUUGGAACGGAAAUUCGAGCUGUUAAAGAAAGAGCUGAGGGACAUGAUGGCAAUUGAAGAGGGGCAGAAGACUCAGGUCCAUAAACGCAGAGAGCAGCUGCUGCUCCAGGAGCUGGUUUCACUGGUCAACCAGAGGGACGAACUGGUCCACGAUAUGGACGCCAAGGAAAGAGGAGCUCUGGAGGAGGACGAGCGUCUGGAGCGAGGCCUGGAGCAGCGGAGGAGGAAGUACGCCAAGCAGCAGAAAGAGAAGUGUGUGAUGCAGUGAUUCUGUGAACCAGGAAACGCCGGCUCUCCUACCUGACAGGAAGCGGGCGAAGACGUGUCCUCUCUCCACCUGCUGUCAGAUUGAAGAGGACAUUCAGACGUAGCAGGGUGCUUCUGAACCAAUAUGAGGAUGAUGUAUUUCCAAAGGAGAUGGGCCACAAACAGAGUGAGGCUCUGAGAAAUCUUAUUUUUGAUCCAAUGUCUUAAAAUGUGGCGUAAGGCAUCAUUUUUGGACUAGAGAUCAAAUUAUUCUAAGUGGGUUGUAGUGUAAUUUUUCCACAAAUCAAUGCGUUGUCCAUAAACUCUAAACUGUAAACCCGACAGGAUGUUCAGCACCCACUGAGCAGAAGAGGCAGCAGGGCCUCAGAGAGAGAGAGAGAGCUGCUUCCACGUUUGGACUGUUUGCUUUGCAGUUUCUGUGCUGUGUUUUUUUUAGAGACUGUUGUUACAGACUGUGAAUUAAUUGAAAGUGUGUAUGAGACUUGGAAUUGUUUGGUUCAGAUAUGAGCUGCCAAAAACAAGGGAAGUAGUUCCGACCAUUCUGAUAGCCAAAAUCUAGUGGCAGUUCAUUCAGAGUUACAGGGAUUCAGUGUUUCCUGGUGACUGUUGCUCAUGGCAGGGUGAGAAAGUCUAAUUUCAGACUUAAAACAGACAGAGGGUUAAGGAAAGACAGUGGUUUGGGAUUUAUUUUUAAAGAAUUUAAAGGGACAGUUCACACCAAAAUUAAAAAACGACAUGUUUUCCUCUUACAAUAAUCUAUUUAUAAGUCUAGAUAGUUUUGGUGUGAGUUGCCAAGUAACGUCUGCCUUCUCCAAAAAGAAAGGAACUAGAUGGCACUCUGCAGUUUCAUGUAGGAACUAUUUCCUGUCUACCAAACUACACCCCACAACAACAGUAUCACUGCGCAGAAGGAAGCGUGCGUCUCCUCACAGACGAGCAGAAAGCGAGACAUGCAAACGUUGAUUGGGUCCUCAAGGCCAAGCGACGACAACGCAACUCACACCAAAACUAUCGAAUCUGAUGAACAGCACCACAGAUAAGAAGAAACAUAUAUUUUAGAUUUUUGGUGAGCUGUCCCUUUAAGGUCAUGGAAGAACAAAAUAUCGGUCCAGCCCCAGGGGAAACUCGACUGUUUGAACACACAGUUAGUCACCACAGUUGCCUACAUUGUUUCACUCCAUUGGAACCGUCCUGCCCGUGUUCAGAUGUGUUGGCUGUUACAGAAGCUGUUUGGAGACGAGAAGCAGUCUGAGAUUGGUGUUUGAGAUGUUGAAAUGCAGCCAUUUUAUUAUUUUUAUUUUUACUUCGAUUUAAAGUUUUACUAUUUAUUCAAGUUGUCAGCUGGAAGAGCAGCCACACAUAUAUUUGAACCAAAGCUAUUAGCCGUCAUUAUCGUAGCAUUCGUCUCCAGUCUGUGUAAAGAAUGUUCACCCAGCACGGUAGCAUUUAUCCUCUCUGUAACAUUGACAUAGGAAGAUUUAUACAUGUAGGAUUUUAAUUUCACCACCUAUUGAGAAAUUCUUCUGAUGAGGUUUAAGUGACAUUCAGUGACUCCUGCCUUUUAUUUUGAAAAUACUUUUACAUUACACAAAAAUUGAUCCUGAAAUGAAAGGUGAAGACUGAAUGUUUCUUCAUUCUAAAAGCCAAAUCUUUGUCAGCGCAAUAGACAUAUACUUAAAGUGAAUUAAAGGAAACUUCCUCCGUGUUUUGAACUGGAAAGUGUUUUUACUUCAGUGUGAGGACGUUCUGUAACAGCGCCGUUUAUUUAGUGCUGAAACGUUUGCAGUUGCCUCGUUGACGGCCGGUUGUAGCCGCUCUGAGCACCACUCGUGUGAAUGAGUCAUGACCCAUCAGAAGGAUUGCUGUUUUCAAUGUUACAUUUGCACUAUUUGUAAAGUUUGGAAAAUACAAAAGAUUUGAACCCCUUCAACAUCUCCUGAGGUUUUAUUUCAUAUUGAAAAAUGGAUUGCAUUAUGAUUUGCUGUCUUGAAAUUUUUAGUUUUUUAAACUUCUUUUCUACACUAUUUGUU